AUGGAUGUCAACACAGACCUCAACUACUGUGAAAAACAGUCUGGAGAUGUGGAGAGCUCUGUACAAAGAAACUCAGUUAGUUGUUCACUAGAAAAUGCCAUUGUGCAAAAUGUGUUUUUCAGAUCCAUGUCUAGCAUUACUGAUGCUUUUUUGAAAAGUGUUUACAGCGUGGAAAAAAAGUUUUUUCUACCUAAGAAGGAAGAAAUGGUUCUGAAGGUUAUUAAGGAAAUAGUUUUCUUCUUCAUGACUGUGCUUGGCACUCUGGGAAACAUUUCUGUUUCUGUGAAUUAUAUGUUCAGUUGGUGGAGAGGCCCUGAGAAGAAACCCAUACACCUUAUUCUCAUCCACUUGGCUUUUGCAAACAUCAUAAUCCUUCUUGCUAAAGGAUUGCCAAAGACAAUAGCAGCUUUUGGUUUGAGAAACUUCCUAGAUGACAUAGGCUGUAAGAUCAUUGUUUACCUGGAGAGGGUGGCCCGUGGCCUCUCCAUCUGCACCAGCAGUCUCCUCACUGUGGUCCAGGCCAUCAUCAUCAGGAUGGACUUCCGGCUGAGUGUUGGCAUGCUCAGUGGAAGAAAUUGA